CAGCAUUUACAUUACAAAAGGUGUAAAGCCCACUACAUAUAUUAUUAUUACCCAUCUGUCACUCUUGUCUGUACAAAUACCUGGAUUUGCUAGGGCAAUCUAUUAACAACUUCAACCAUCACUCUUCUCUAAAUAACAUCAACUUCCAUCUCACCUCACCUCACCUCAUCUCAUAAAAUCGGAAAUAAUAACCGCAUAAAAUUCAUUUAAAAAAGAAAAAGACAAAAAAAGACCCAAAAUCCAAAACCCAUGAACCUUUUUACAAGGCGAAGAGAGAUCAACAUCAAAGGCAAGUUUUUGUCAACGGCAGACCACAUGGAACAGCAGCAAGAACAAGAAGCAACCACACCCACUUCUUCAGCAUCAUACAGAUUGUUUAUAAAAAUUAUGAGCAAAAGGAGAACAUGGGUAUGUCUCUUUGUUCUAGUCUAUGCAAUCCUUUUAUCUUCUUCAUGGAAUUUUCUUAAAUCCAUACUCUCUUGGUACAAACUUCAAGUUGAACCGUCUUCUGCUUCUUCUGGGUGGCCUGCCUUGUAUGCAUCAGUGCUUCUCGGGGCAGUUUUUGGGUUGAUUUCAAUGGCUGCAGCUCUGGCUGUGGCUGUGCCUGCCACUCUGGUCAUAUGGAUCACUGUGGUGGUUCUUCUUGCUUUCUUUGGGAAAUCCAAGAGCUGCUUAGUGAUUGAAGGUAGGAAAAUCACAAGAGAAAUUGUGGGUUUUGUGUUCAAAAUUGUAUUGAAGGAAGGCAAUCUCGUGGCGGCUGUUUGUGCUGUUUUGGGAUAUUUUGUCCUUGUUAGAAGGAAUUGUGGUGAUGGUGUGGUUGAGUGAAGGAAUUUGUGGAUUUUUUGUCUGUUGAUUUUGAGAUUAUGUUAAUGGGUUUCUGGAAAUUUUGUUGUUAGAUUAAGUUUUGGUAAAGUUAACCCCACUCUACAUUUUAAGAGAUUAAUGCUGUUAAUCAUGGAUUAGAGUUAUAAAACAUAAUUAUGUUAAUUUUUAAA